CAAAUAGAGCAAACAGCAAUGGGUUCUGGGAUGAGUGACUUUAUUAGGUUAAGGGACAGAGAGAUCUGAGUGGCCGUGACACAGAAUGGGCAGAGCUGAGAAAAGCCUGUGUCGUCUGCUCAGAUGUCCUCGCGGGAGCAGGUGCAGCUGGGCAGGGCUUGGGACUGGCCACUCACUGCUGCAGGUGGCUGGGGAGGGUCUCCAGAUGCUGGGAAUGAGGCUUUGGAAGUCAUCAUUGGACAUACACCCCCAUCGCAUUUGAUAGGAGGUCAAUAAAAUGCUCACGCUUGGAAAGGGAGGAGGAUGGGGUGGCUGCACUGGAGCCCAGGACUCCGGACCAGGGAUGGUGCUGGGUCUAGUAAGAAUCCCUGUAAAACCGAAAAUUAGAUCUUGCACUGGCAGCAAAUGGGGACGCAGCAGCUGGACUGGGAGCAGCUGGGUUUGCAGCAGCUGGACUGGGAGCAGCAAACAGGGACACAGCAGCUGGACUGGGAGCAACAGGGCUUGCAGCAGCUGGACUGGGAGCAGCAGGGCUUGCAGCAGCUGGACUGGGAGCAGCAGGGCUUGCAGCAGCUGGACUGGGAGCAGCCACAGGAGCCACAGCCCCCCUUAGACCCCCCACAGGAGCCACAGCCCCCUUUGCCGCAGCCGGAGCAGGAGCAGGCUGGCACACAGGAGCAGACGGGCACACAGGAGCAGACGGGGACACAGGAGCAGACGGGGACACAGCAGCUGGAGCCGCAGCCCCCGGAACAGCCAGAGCAGCCCAUGGUUCUGGUGGGUGGAGGGUGGAGCAGGUCAGAGGAGCAGGUGGAGAGAGAGAAGGUGCUCAGUGUGGGGCCUCCGGGGCCAGGAGCCUUUAUAUACCUGCCGGGGCAGGUGUGACCUGGGCACG